AUGUCUAACCUCGCCUGCAACCAACAGGCCCCACAACAGGCACCCGCCGGACUCGACAGUGUCCCAGUCUCAUCGACCAGUCCCUCCUCAUCCCCCAAUCUCUCGUCCUCCUUUAAGUCGUCCCCUCCCAUCCCAGCUAUCCCAUUUUCAUGGAGAAACAACUCGUGCAACUCGACCCCCAUUGCCACGACCAACUCCUCCUCGUUUAGCCCACUCAAGACAUCAUCGCCCAUCACCUUUUUAGGCGACACCUCAGCCGCUGCCGAACGACUCCCCACCCCCAGAGAAGUCAAGAUCAACACGCUUCCAAACCCAUUCGUCAACGACCGUAACAGCAGCUCCAACCUAAACGCUUCAAGUGUCGACGUUAAAUUCACCUCUCCAACCUUCUUUUCAAACAAUAGUUCACUCAAAGUUCCAUCUGAAUUGUUAAAGGCCGGUGGUGGAUCGACCUCCCCAAUCACCAAUGGCAAUGUAUCAUCUUCUCCAACCCCAUCAUCUGGUUCAAACUCUCCUGCCAAUGUUGCAGCUGUUGGUCUAACCAAACUACAGCAACAAAAUUUAAUUUUAAACUGUACAUACUAA